UGUAGCCGGUAGAGCGGUAGUGCAGUUUGACUCAGGUUCGAACAGCAGCACCGUGCCCCGCUGCCCCGCACCCCCCGCCCCCAGAGCUGAGAUGCCCGGAGUCAGGUCGAGUCUGCAGGCUCAGCCCGCGGUUAAGAGCAUAUUGGUUUACCGGAACGGGGAGCACGGCCGCGGACCGCGCCGCGUUGUCCUGCACGAGAAGCGCGUGAGCAGCCUGGAGGGUCUGCUGCGCGAGCUGAGCGGCGGCACGCGGAGGCUUCACACACCGCAGGGCCACAGAGUGGGGGCGCUUCAGGACAUCCAGCACCGCGGAGCGUAUGUAGCAGCCGGAACCGAGACCUUCAAAAAAAUAGAUUAUUUACAAAUAGGAAACAGGAAUAAACAAACUACCCAGAGCAAUGGAGUGUUGAAACCAGUCCCUCAGAAGCGUAUAAAUGUAUCAGCCCGAUUCCUCAAACCCAUUAACGAGCCAUGUACAAUAUUUAUUGUAGCAAAUGGAGACGUGUUGAAUCCAGCAGUGAGGCUUCUGGUUCAUAGCCGUUUGCUGGGUCAGUUUGAGCGGAUCCUGGAGAUGGUCACUGAGAAGAUGGGGCUAAGGGUUCUGGGAGGUGUGCGCAGCCUGUAUACCUUUGAUGGCAUUUCUGUAAUGGAUGGAAAGGAGUUGGAAAAUGGUCAGUUUUACGUUGCAGUGGGCAGAGACAAGUUCAAGAGGCUUCCCUACGCUGACUUACUUUUUACUAAACCCAUGGGAUUGAGAAGAGUCUAUAGAUCAAAAGCAUCAUCCCUGCCACCAAUAGAUGGAUUUAGAAGACAGAACGGAGAUCUGGGGAACCGCCUCAGUAAGUCUACUGUGGGUUGUGGUGACUCCAGAGAGGAGGAGACCAAAGACUCGGUUCCAUCUCUGGUGCGAGAGUUCUCCCAGGCCAGGCUGGCUACUCUUCGGAAAAAACGCAGUGGACUGAUGAUGUCUCUAAGCACCGAGGAGAACGAUGAUGGAGAGCAGGCGGAUGGGGAGGAUGAGGAGAGUGGAGAGAAAGACUCAGGAGAAGAGCCCUCAGCAGCAGAACAGGAAACUGAAGCUGCUGAGUGUGAGGAGGGUGAAGACGAGGGUCCGGGGUCAGACGACGCUGCCCAGGCUGCAGAGGAAAAAGCCCCUCCUGUAAAAAAGGAAAACGAGAAUGAAGAGGAGGAGAAUACUGGAGGGGAUGGAGAGGGGGAAGAAACAGCCCAGAACGAGGAACAGGUGACAGAGGGUGCAGAGGAGGAACAAGCUGAGGAAGAGGCGGGAGAAGCUGAGGAAGAUGCUGUACAAGCUGAAGAAGAGGCAGGACAGGCUGAGGAGGAGGCGGGACAGGCUGAGGAAGAGGCGGGGCAGGCUGAGGAGGAGGCGGGGCAGGCUGAGGAGGAGGCGGGGCAGGCUGAGGAGGAGGCGGGGCAGGCUGAUGAAGAGGCGGGAGCGGCCGAUGAAGCCGCUGCGAAUGAAGAAGGUUGAAUGCUGGAAGGAAGAGAAGAUAGAUAAGAGCUGCUGGAGAAGAGGCUACUCAGGAAAGAAAAGAAUCAGGAAACAGUGCUGUUUUGGAAAGAGGAAAGGGAGUAGUGCUUAUAAUGAUGAAUUGCUUCAAUUAGUCAUAAUUGAUUUGAUUAAGGCAAUAGAAACAGUGCAAUUAAGCUAAUGAUUAGUUCAUUAGGAGACUAUAUGAAUGUCUGCUCUCAGGAUGAGGCACAGUAGCGUUAAUGAAUAAGCUAUUGGGUGUGGUGUGCUGACUGUAGAUGGUGAAUGGAGGUGCUGAGUUGUAUUUUGAUGUCUGUAUGUCUGAAUGUGUUACAUAUCUGCUCUAUAUUAUACAUAGUAUUGCUGCUAUUACAUAACCUCUUAUCUCCAAAGCAAUACACUAAUAGGAGAAAGAAAAAAAUGUGCAAUCAAUUUAAGGAAACCUAUUCUUGGUGAUCUUUUAUGUAGUUUUUGUUUGUCUAUUUGUCAUGAAAAGUGUACAAGGUCAAAGGCAGCUCGCAUUUUCAGAUAUUUAGCUAAUUCAGAACAAUUUAUUUUUAUAACACCACUUUUAAGUUAAGGCUUUAAUAUAAUAGUGAUGAUUCUUUUGUUUUCUGACUGAUUAUUUGAUUAUCACAUUUGUCACAUUUACACAUAAACUUGUAUGUCCAGUUUUCACUUUUUACAUCAUUUGAAUCUGGUGAUUGUCCUUUACAUAGAGCUGGGCAAUCAUUUAGUAUCAAUAAAUACUGCGAUAAAAAUGUUUUGAAUAAACACAUUUUUUAAUAUUUCAGUAUACAUUAUUUACAGCAUCAGUCACUGAAUGACGUUCAUUACAGGGUGCAUUAAAGGUACAUACAUGCAUCGUGGGCAUUCUUAUCAGUUGUUCUAUAGCUUUUAUAUUGUUCAUAUCAGAAUUAUAUUGUAUCGAGCAAAAAUGAAGAAAUAUAUUGUAAUAAAAACUUUGGCUAUAUCAUCCAGCCCUAAAUGACUUCCACUGAAAUAGCUACAAGAUACUUACAUGACAUCAAUGAUAUGUUUGUAAUACACUGCCUUUAAGAUUGAUCUGCCAUGAAAAUCUACUUUACGUAAACAAUUAUUACAAUUCAGCCGGCAGCUCACCCAGAUCCAUUCACUUGACUGUACUUCAGCUUGAUGCUUCAUUGUGCAUCAUUGUUGAUUCAUAGAUCUGUCACAACUGUCUUUAAUAAACUGAAUCAUCAAAAUA